AAGAGCUGAAACUCAAGUAGAAAAGCAUGGACUGUCCAUCUUGGCUAUAAUUUUGUCAGCUAAAAUUUAGUAAUUGCUUCUGCAUUGCUUUCGGGAGGAGGUGAUCUUUAAAAGCAGGCUGCUCAGCACUCAAAUGGGACUACUCCAAAAGAUUUGCCUAUAUUCUCUACAGAUCAGCAGAACAAGGGAGACCAGCUGCAUAGAUUUUCCCUAGGGCCUGAUGAAUAGGACAACAACUUACUGUUUCGGUUUUGACCAACUUUGGUUUUCGUGACAAUGGAACUUUUCCUCCCUGUGAUGGAAAGGAAGAACCUCUUCCUAAGCCUAUUGAUCUGCUACAGUUUGUUCAGAGCUGCCGAUCAUCACAUGGUAAUUGAAGAGAAGACAGAUUGCAGCCUGCCAAGAAACAACAAAAUGAAUUUCUCAGAUCUCCCACCCAUCUCCAUAACAGAUUUAACUAAAAGAUCCCAGAAAGUCAGCAGGAAAGAGGCAGAGAUCAGGAAAUCUUCCAAGAAAAAAGCUGGACCAAAGACAUCUCUGAAACCAAGGCCCACACCAGCUGCUGACUGCGUGCCAGACUUCAAAACCUGCAAACCACACUUGAAUUCGUGUUGUAACUACUGUGCUUUUUGCAGAUGCCGAAUUUUCCAGACAAUCUGCAAAUGUCUCAUGUUAAAUCCAAAGUGCUAAAGACAGACUGGGAACACAACAGGGCUUCUGUCUUUCAAUUAGCUUCUCACGUGUAGAUUUCAAAUUGCCCCAUGUGUGUAGCAAUCAAAGUAGAGAGCUUUGAAGCUGGCAGCUUGCAUUUGCCCUUCUUAAAAUUAAAUGGAUAAUGUUGGGGUUUUUUUCCAUUGGGUUAAGGCUACCACAAGGACAGCAUAGCACCAGUUUCCAGCACAGACAAUACCGUGGUGAAAGUUCACGUUUCAGGGUUAAUUCCCUUUCCAGGCAUUCAGCAAAAAUCAGGAUGAGAAUUUAUAUAGGUUGCUCUACCUGAAAAGACAGACCCAAAACAAUAAGGCAAUUUUUUAGUCAUCUUCAGCUGAGCAUCAGUACAUCCACCUCCAGGGUUUUACUCAUUCUACCAUUAACCAGUAUCUCCAAGGUGUAUAAUAUACUGGUAUACUUGAACCCUGAAUGUAUCUGUGCCUCAUGACUUCCCCAGUUGUAUCCAUAGGAAUUUUCUAAUGCUCUGUGUGGGUCUAAUUGAGAGGCAAUUUCUUUACUAAUUUAUUUCUAAGCACAGCUGAGGGCUACAGAAAUCUUCCAGGCAGGCAAAGAUGACAGAGAAGACACUCUGAAGGGGCUCAAGCCAUAUGAACUCUUUUUUCUUCUAAUAAUCAAUCCAAAGCUCAGAGCUCAGAACAGAAGUCAGAUUUUGACAGAAAUAUUUCUUCACAGAAUAUUUCAAGUUAAAAGGACCCAUAAGGAUCAGUGUGUCCAAGUCCCUGCUCCUCAUAGGAUCAGCUAAAACUAAACCAUAUGAUGAAGAGCAUUGUGCAGAUGCUUCUUGAACUCUGACAGGCUUGGUGCUGUUACCACUGCCUGUUCCAGGGGCUGACCACCCUCCCAGUGAAGAACCUUUCCCUAAUGUCCAAUCAGAACUUCCCGUGACAUAGCUUUAUGCCAUUUCCUGUCACUGGUCACCUGAGAGAGAUCAGCAUCUCCUUCCUGUGAGAAAGGGCACCCCUCAGCUUUCCUUCUCCAAGUCAGGUGGCCUCAGCUGCUCCUCUUAAGCCUUGCCUUCAAGACAUUUCACCACCUUGGUCACCCUCCUCUGGACACACACUCCAAUAGUCUGAUGUCCUCCUUCUAUUGAGGUGCCUAGAGCUGUACACAGGACUCGAGGUGGGGCUCACACUGCUGCGGUGUAGAGAGGAACAAUCACUGCCCUUACCAGCUUGUUGUGCUGUGCUUGAUGCACCUCAGGACACAAUUGGCCCUUUGGGUUUGACAGGGCAUACUGUUGACUUACACUCAAUUUGUGACCAACCUGAAUUGCCAGAGCUCUUUCCACAGGGCUUCUUUCCAGCCUCUUAUCCACCAGUGUUAACAUAACCAGGAUUGCCCUGUCCCAGGUACAGAAUCAAGCACUUGCUGUCAUUAAAUGCCAUGCAGUCAGUGGUUGCCCAGCUCUCUAGCCGGACCAGAUCUAUCUGUAAGGCCUCUCUAUACCCUCUUGGGAAUCCACAGCUCCUCCUAGUUUAGUAUAAUGGGCAAAUUUACAUAAUGUACAGUCAAUUCCUGUGCCCAGAUCAUUUAUAGAAACAUCAAAGAGCACUGGCACUAAAAUUGAGCCCUGGGGAACCCUAUAGGUGAGUGGCUGCCAGCCUGAUGGACCUCCAUUUACUAUAACUCCCUGAGUGGGACCUGUAAGGCCUGGUCACCCAAUGUAUGCUGCAUGCUGGACAUUUUAUCCAGAAGGAUACUGUGACAGUAUAAAAAGGUUUGCUAAAAUCCAAACCACCACAUUUACUGGCUUCCCUUGAUCAGCUAGAAAGAUGACCUUGUCACAAAAGCAGGGCGACCUAGAGCUGGUUGCCCAGGACCACAUCCAUAUGGCUUUUGAAUAUCUCCAAGGAGGGAGUUCCACAACCUUCCUGGGCAACCUGGACACUGUACUCCAGGUGUGGCCUUACCAGUGGUGAGCAGAGGGGAAGGAUCACCUUGACCUGCCAGCAACAGAGCCUAACAUAGCCCAGGACACCAUUUGCCUUCUUUGCUGCAAGGACACAUUGCAGGCUCAUGUUCACCUUGGUGUUCUCCAGAAGACCCAGACCCUUUUCUGCAAAGCUGCUUUGCAGCUCAGUGGCCCAAACAGAUAUUCCUGGCUGGGGUUGUUCCUCCCCUGAUGCAGAACUUUGCCCUUCUCCUUGUUGAAGUGCAUGAGGCUCCUGUCAAUCCAUUUCUCCAGGCUGUCAAGGCCCCUCUGGAUGGCAGCUUAUCAGCCACUCCUUCAAGUUGUGUGUCACAUGCAGACUUGCUGAAGGUACACUCCAUCCCAUCAUCCAGAUCAUCUAUGAAGAUGUUAGUCACAGUUUGCAGCUGUUAGCUGAAGAAAUGGAAAGUGCCGAAGAGCCAUAACGAGGAGCUGGAGAUGAAGAAGCAAAACCAACAAAGUACAGGGUGGUGCAUGUAUGCAAUGAAGGAAAAAGAAAGACCCUUUCAUAUGAGAAUAAGGGGUGUGGUUUUUAACACAUAUGAACAUACUUUUCAGUAUAGCAUUUAUGCAUAGAGCAUUUCCACAAAUUUAACUUCUUAAUAAGUCUUUUUUGUAACUGGAAUUUAUUAGAAAGAAGUUAUGCUUUCUUUGACAUUCAUCUAUUGCACCAAAGAAUAUAUAUAACCAAGUACUCUGAAAUUGUUAUUAGCCUUAGUAAUUUCACUUUCCUGGGUAAAGAUCAUGUUGUAUUGAUAGGACACAGAAAUCAGUAAAACAUGUACACCUAAUACUUUCUUCCUAUAUUUAGCUUGAACAGAUAUUUAUAUGAGGAGUCGCUCGUAAGUGUGAGAGUUCCCUAAGGGACCUAUUUGAAAUUUCAUCAGCACACAGAUAAUAAAACAGAAACAUAACAAAGAUGAAGUGUUUAAUUUGCAGUUGUCACAUACCAAAAUGUCUCCACUGAAAACUUACUGGAAUUCAAGCUUAGAGACAGACCCAGUAAUGCUCUGUGACAGAGUAAUUUUUUCCUAGAGAAUAAUGGGAUUUUCACCCUAAUAGAAUUUAGAAUUCUACGCCUAGUAGAAUUUAGCACAAAUAAAUCUCUAUUAGCUUUUCCA